UCCGUUUUCGUAGUUGCUUUACUGUUUUGUACAGGUAGAGAUAUUUCCUUAUAAACACUGUUUUUUUUUUAGCAAUAAAAGUGAAGAUAUUAUUUAGUAAAAUUAAGGUGAAUAUCGACAUUGGAUAAUUACGAUUAUAAAAAAUAAAGUUUUCAUUAAUUUAACUGUUUGGAGUUGAUGAAAACCGAAUCGACAACUUUUAUUAGUGGACAGUAGAAUUACUAUGGAUGUUUUACUAACAGUAUCAAAAGAAUAUCAGAAACAACAAAGAAUUAUUUAUAUCAAUAUACAUCAUCAAUAGAUGUCUUCUUUUUAAGUCUAAAUGGAAAUUUUACACAGAACAGAUACAAUACUGUUUAUAUAAAGCUAAGAUGGACUACAGAUAAAUAUUUCUCUGGAACUGUUGUCAUACCAACUCUUGUUUACUUCACUGCUUUGAUUGUUUGCCCACUGAUCUUGCAUUACACUUUCACUUUUCCACUGUGUAAGAUGAUUUUACAUAGUUCUUAAACUUGGAAGAAUUUUCAAAGAAGUCUGCAGUAUCUUCAGAUAUCAUAAUAUUUGAUGGAAAUGUAGGUAUAGUAAUAUUUAUUAGGAAUAAAAUAUAAAAACACAAAGAGUAACGGGUGUACAUGAUAGAAAGGAAAGAAGAAUUAUGGAAAUUGAGUUUAGUGAGAACAUUGUUAAAUGUGAAACAGACUCUAAAAUCAUUGAUUUUCCUGAUAAUAUAAAGCCACAUCACUGUGAUUUAUGUGGUAAAUCAUUCACUUGUACAUACGCCCUGACUACUCACAAACGCAUUCAUACAGGGGAGAAACCGUAUCACUGUGAUAUCUGUGGUAAGUCAUUCCGUGAAGCUAGUUCUUUAACUAGACACAAACGCAUUCAUACAGAAGACAAAGCAUAUCACUGUAACAUUUGUGGUAAAUCAUUCUCUCGUGCAAAUUCCUUAGCUACUCACAAACACAUUCAUAUGGAAGAGAAACCAUAUGAUUGUGACAUCUGUGGUAAAUCAUUCUCUCAGAACUGGAGCCUAACUAAACAUAAGUCUAUUCAUACAGGAGAAAAGCCAUAUCACUGUGAUAUUUGUGGUAAAUCAUUCACCCAAAAAUGGAGCCUGGCUACACAUAAGUCUAUACAUACAGGAGAAAAACCAUAUCAAUGUGAUACCUGUGGUAAAUCUUUCUCCCAAAAAUGGAGCUUAACUACACACAAGUCUAUACAUACAGGAGAAAAACCAUAUCACUGUGAUGUCUGUGGUAAAUCUUUCUCCCAAAAUGCACACAUGACUACUCACAAACUCAUUCACUCAGAAGAGAAACCAUAUCGUUGUGACAUUUGCGAUAAAUCCUUUUCUCAAAGUAUUCAUUUAACCAAGCACAUACGCAUUCAUACAGGAGAGAAACCCUAUCACUGUGAUAUCUGUGACAAAUCAUUCUCUGGAAAAUGUGACUUAAAUAGGCACAAACGCACUCAUACAGGAGAGAAACCAUAUCCUUGUGAUAUCUGUGGUAAAUCAUUCUCUCAGAAUGGUCACCUAAUUACUCACCACCGUGUUCAUACAGGAGAAAAGCCAUAUCACUGUGAUAUCUGUGGUAAAUCAUUUUCUGAUGGGAGUGCUUUCAGUCAACACAAGCUCAUUCAUACAGGAAAGAAACCAUACCAUUGCCAUAUCUGUGGUAAAUCAUAUUCACGUGGCUAUAGGUUAAGUACUCACAAAUGCAUUCGUACACAAUAGAAAUCAUAUCACUGUGCUGUCUGUGGUAAAUCAUUCUCUAGAAAAUGUGACUUAACUAGUGACAAAUGCACUCAUACAGGAAAGAAACUGUGUCACUGUGAUAUCUGUGGUAAACUAUUCUCUUGAAAUUUCCACCUGAUUACUCACCAACAUAUUCAUGCAGAGAAAAGCCAUAUCACUGAUAUUUUUGGUAAAUUGUUUUCUCAAAAAUGUUGACAUAAGCAAGCAGAUAUACAUUCAUACAGGAGAGAAAUCAUAUCAUCUAUUCAUACAGAAUAUGAUAUAGGGUCAUAAUACAUACAGUACAAGUAUGGCAUGUACAACCCUGUAUUUUUUCCUUUUUUUUUUUUUUUGACCCUAUAAUUUUUCAAUAAAUUCUUUCCUUUUA